AUGCUUCGUACAUCCCUUACCAAUAGACAACUCACCAUCUCUUGUUUCUUGUUGUUUUGCAUAAUAUCCGCAGCUUGCAACAGUUUACAACCUGCGCUGGGAACAAAAUGCUUGCAAAAUCAGGUUGUAACAAAAGUAACAGUUUUCGAAGAUGGAGCAAUUGAAGCAGAAUGUACGAAGUUACCAUGUGGCUCAUCUGGAACUCACUGCAAAGAGAAUCAGACGAGUUGCAAGGCUGAAACAGAUACGUUUUCUGGAAUGAAAUGGGCUUCGAAUGGACAAAGUAUUCUCCAGCGUUGCUGCACCCUUUCUGUAUCCCGUAAAAUAUAUGUUGGUACAGAUUUAGUAUCCCUGGGUUCAUACUACAUUGGUGGCAAAGUAGACAAGAAAGAUUUUUAUGGAAAAGAAGGAACUGAGUUUGAUUUCGUAUCAAACAUAAGGACCGAACAGUAUGACCUAUUUUAUUAUUAUUUUGAAUGUUCGAAACAGAAGAUUUCCUUUAAUCCGCUACUUUUUAAAAAUAUUACAUAA